UCUCUGGAUCCAAGGGAGCUCGUGCCAGGUGGUCUGCGACUGGCGCCCAUGACAGAGCCCUACGAGUGAUCGGCCUGCCUUCAGGGUCACCAGAGGGAACGGUCGUCAGGGACUAGCCAGACACAAAGCCAGUGUCGUGAAGAUUGCUCCAGGAAAAAGGAAGAAUGCCACUCUUCUUCAGGAAGAGGAAACCUAGCGAGGAGGCUCGGAAACGCCUGGAGUACCAGAUGUGUCUGGCAAAAGAAGCUGGGGCAGAUGACAUUCUUGACAUCUCUAAAUGUGAGCUCUCAGAGAUUCCAUUUGGGGCUUUUGCAACAUGCAAAGUUCUACAGAAAAAGGUGUUGAUUGUCCACACGAAUCACCUCACCUCCCUGCUUCCUAAAUCCUGCAGCCUCCUGAGUCUCAUAACCAUCAAGGUUCUGGAUCUUCAUGAUAAUCAGCUGACGGCCCUUCCUGAGGAUAUAGGACAGCUGACGGCCCUCCAGGUAUUGAAUGUGGAAAAGAAUCAACUGACAUAUCUCCCACAUUCCAUUGGGAACCUGACCCAGCUCCAGACCCUCAAUGUGAAAGACAACAAGCUGAAGGAGCUUCCAGGCACCUUGGGGGAACUUCGAAGCUUACGUACUCUCGACAUCAGUGAAAAUGAGAUUCAGAGAUUGCCCCAGAUGCUGGCGCAUCUUCGAACCCUAGAGACUCUGAGCCUCGACGCCUCGUCCAUGGUCUACCCCCCGCAGGAGGUGUGUUGUGCCGGCACCAAGGCCAUUCAGCAGUUCCUCUGCAAAGAGUCAGGGCUGGAAUACUAUCCCCCUUCUCAGUAUCUGCUGCCAGUCCUGGAGCAGGAGGGAGCCAAGAACUCCCAGGACAGCCCUGAUGGGCCCACGGACAGAUUCUCCAGGGAGGAGGUGGAGUGGCAGAAUAGAUUCUCAGACUAUGAGAAGAGGAAGGAACAGAAGAUGCUGGAGAAACUCGAGUUUGAACGGCGCCUGGACCUCGGGCAGCGAGAGCACGCCCAGCUCCUUCAGCAGAGCAACAGUCAGAAGGACGAGAUCCUUCAGACAGUCAAGGAGGAGCAGUCCCGGUUGGAGCAGGGCCUGAGCGAGCACCAGCGCUACCUCAACGCAGAACGUCAGCGGCUGCAGGAGCAGCUGAAGCAGACGGAGCAGAACAUCUCCAACCGGAUCCAGAAACUCCUGCAGGACAAUCAGAGGCAAAAGAAAAGUUCCGAGAUUUUGAAGUCGCUGGAAAAUGAAAGAAUAAGAAUGGAACAGUUGAUGUCCAUAACCCAGGAAGAGACAGAGAACCUGCGGAGACGAGAGAUUGCCUCCGCCAUGCAGCAGAUGCUGACCGAGAGCUAUAAGAACCAGUUAAUCCAGAUGGCCUAUGAGUCUCAGAGGCAGAACUUGGUCCAGCAGGCUUGUUCCAGCAUGGCCGAAAUGGAUGAACGGUUCCAGCAGAUUCUGUCGUGGCAGCAGAUGGAUCAGAACAAAGCCAUCAGCCAGAUCCUGCAGGAGAGCACCAUCCAGAAGGCUGCAUUUGAGGCUCUCCAGGUGAAGAAAGACCUGAUGCACCGGCAGAUCAGGAACCAGAUUAAGUUAAUAGAAACUGAGUUAUUGCAGCUGACACAGCUGGAGUUAAAGAGGAAAUCCCUGGACACAGAGGCACUACAGGAGAUGAUCUCAGAGCAGCGCUGGGCCCUCAGCUCCCUGCUCCAGCAGCUGCUCAAAGAGAAGACGCAACGAGAGGAAGAGCUGCGGGAAAUCCUGACGGAGUUAGAAGCCAAAAGCGAGACCAAGCAGGAAAAUUACUGGCUGAUUCAAUAUCAACGGCUUUUGAACCAGAAACCCUUGUCCCUGAAGCUGCAGGAAGAAGGCAUGGAGCGCCAGCUGGCGGCCCUGCUGGUGGAGCUGUCAGCCGAGCACUACCUGCCCGUCUUUGCCCAUCACCGCAUCUCUCUGGACAUGCUCAGCCGGAUGAGCCCCAGGGACCUGGCCAAGGUGGGUGUCUCAGAAGCUGGCCUGCAGCACGAGAUACUGCGGAGAGUCCAGGAGCUUCUGGACGCGGCCAGGGUCCAGCCAGAGCUGCUGAAACCACCCAAGGGUGAGGUCCUCGGGGCCCUGGAGCCUACUGCCCCUGAACAGCUUCCUGAGUCAGCGAGUCCAUCGGCCCCGCCUGCAGAGCUGGAGGUGCAGACCUCAGAAUGUGUCGUGUGCCUGGAACGGGAGGCCCACAUGAUCUUCCUCAACUGCGGCCACGUCUGCUGCUGCCAGCAAUGCUGCCAGCCACUGCGUACCUGCCCGCUGUGCCGUCAGGAAAUCACCCAACGCCUGCGCGUCUAUCGCAGCAGCUGAGCUCCGCCGGCCAGCCUGGUCCCUCUGGCCCCACCUAUACCACCUGCCAGCCCAGGGCUCCAGCUCACCCCCUGCUCUAGCCAGACUGGUACCCCGCUCUGCCCUGGGCCCUUCCCCACAGCCCCGGAGGGUGCACCCCACCCUUGAUCUCCAAGCACGCCUGGGCCAGGCGGGGGGCAGGGAGUGUUCCUGACCGACAACCUGAAUACUGUGGAGAAAGAGCAGAUCCCUCAUGGCGCAAGGACAGGGUCUGGGACAUGGAGAGGCGGCUGUGCCACCAUCUGAGCACAGGACUGAGUGUCCGGGCCAGUAUGGCUCUGCCCUCCCCUCCCCAGGAGCCUUGGUAUCCUCAGCAGGGGAACACGGACAGUGCCAUCCCACUGGGUGGGCUGGUGGGAGUGCAGGAGGGCCCUGGCUGAGGGGAGCGGAAGCCACAGGUGGAGCUGGUGUGCGGAGUGGCCACAGGCCACCACAGGCUAGCCUUGGGUGGACGGGCUGGCAUGUGUUCAGUGGCCUUGUGCCACAAGCAACGUGGGCCCUUCCUUACCUUCCUCGCUCCUGCUCCCCAACACUCUGGGCCCCUCUGCUCUCCAGACCUGCACCACCUCACCCCAGACAGCUCAGGGCAGGCAAUGAGCUUUGCAGACCCAAAUCAGGAACACCAAUAAACCCACCUCCAGCCUGCUCCUUCAGCGUCAUCACU